AGAGUGUGCUCUUCCCGCAACAUUACACACUGUUCAGUUAUCUCCCAAAACAUGAUACAAAUAAUUUUAUACGGUGUUGGAGCUCUAAUUAUUGCUGGAUACAUUUAUAUAACAUGGAACUACGACUAUUGGAAGAAAAGGAACAUUCCAGGACCUUCAGCGCGUUUCUUCUUUGGAAAUUUACCAAAUUCUAUUACGCAAAAGCGAAGUGUUACAUAUGACAUUGAUGAUCUGUAUAAGGAAUUUAAGGAUCGUCAUGGAAUAAUCGGGUACUACAAUAUGAGAUCACCUGUGCUAAUGAUUCUCCAGCCAGAUAUUGCAAAAGAUGUCCUUGUGAAGCAUUUCAAGGCAUUUGCAAAAAAUGAAUUUGCAGAUAUGUUCAACAAGGACGUUGAUCCGAUUUUUGGGAGGAAUCCCUUCAUGUUGAAGGGGAAUGAGUGGAAGGAGAAAAGAGCAGAAAUUACGCCGGCUUUUACAGUGGCACGGAUAAAAACCAUGUACCCGAUAGUGGAGGACGUAUGCUCAAAUAUGCAGAAAUACCUCGAAAGGGAAAUUGAUAGGAAACCAACUGAUGGAUUUGAUGCAAAAGAACUUGCUGCUAAAUUUACAACAGACGUUGUUUCAAGUUGUAUCUUUGGACUCGAUGCUGGAUCAUUUACCGGAGGUGAUGCUACAAUUAGAAAAAUGGGAACGAAGAUAUUUUCACCAGACUGGAAAUCUCUGCUUUACUUCUUUGCUACACAAUUCUUCCCGUUUAUAAUGAAAUUUUACAAAAUGCCAAUUGUCCCGAAGGAUGUUGAAAUAUUCUUCGUUAACCUCAUGAAGGAUGCCAUUGCUCUUCGAGGAAAAACUGCCAUUAAUCGUUUUGACUACCUGCACUACCUCAUUGAGUUGAAGGAGAAGAACAACCUAAAGGAGCUCGAUAUGGUGGCUCAUGCAAUAACAUUCUUCCUUGAUGGCUUUGAGACGUCUAGCGUUGUCCUUUCAUUCACCUUGUAUGAACUUGCGAAAUGCGAGCGAGUUCAGGAGAAGCUGCGACGUGAAAUUCGCAAUACUCUGGAAAAGCACGGAAAGAUCACGCAUGAUAUUGUAUUGGAAAUGCCAUACCUCGAUCAGGUACUAAAUGAAAGCCUCCGUCUCUAUCCACCAGCUCCAUUUUUGGGUAAAGUCUGCACCGAAAGGAUUGAGCUGAGAGUCAAGGAGGGAGAAUGCCGAAUCAUCGAAGAGGGGGAUGACGUUAAAAUUCCAAUCUUCAGCUACCACCGUGAUGGUGAAUUUUUUGAGGAACCAGAAAAAUUCCACCCAGAGCGCUUUGAUCCUGAACACGGUGGUACCAAAGCUUUUCGUGAUAGGGGUGUCUUCGUACCAUUUGGCGAUGGACCGAGAAUUUGUUUGGGGAUGCGAUUUGCACAGACACAAGUAAAAGCAGCCCUUGUAUCUUUGGUGAAUAAUUUUGAAUUGAGUGUUAAUGCAAAAACACAAGAACCCAUUAUUUUGGAUCCAAAGCAAUUUUUUGUGCAUGCUCUGGGUGGAUUAUGGCUUAAUUUCAAAAAGAUUCCGUGAAUGUCUUAUUUUAAAUAAGUCUUCAAUGUUUUGUAAAAUUGUAUUGUGACCUGAGGAAAGAGGUAAACCUCUCCGAAAUGUCACGUAUUUGAAAAUAGAGAGAAAAUAAACUUUAAAUAUUUCAUGUUUAAAAUACUUUUAAACAAAUCAAAGAA